AGUGCGGAGAUUUUCGAUGCGUCUGUCCGCCUCUGAGAGGACGUGCAGGUUUGAGCUCACAACUUUCUUUUACUUGUUAGUGGUACACGUCCUGUUGUGUGAGCGUGCGUUUUGUAACUUUUGAUGCUGAAUGAAAGGGAGCCCAUCAGUGCGCCACCAGCACCAGGACGCACGGCGCGCCUCCACCGGACGCAGCAGAGGAGCAAGGGGAGGCCACUUGGAGGUCUCCCGAUGGAUAAAAUACUUUAAAAUGUCUGAGUCCUUUUGCAGUAGUUUCCGAAUUUUGACCAGAUGAUAUUCAUGCUUUUUGUUUGGGGUGAAUGCUCUUCGAUGCCUCAUUUUUGCUAUUUCUGGCUUUCUUUGGACAUAUGAAGCUCCUGCGCAAGAUGUUACUGUCCAAGCGGCCCAGGCAACAUUGGGCCACUGUGCACUUUCAUCAACACAUAUCACCACAUUGUUGGGGGCCCCGUUCUGUCUAAUAGGAGUCAUCCACCAACCACCCCUGCCACUGUCAAAAAGGGAUUCUUUGACCCACCUCGUGUUUUUGCUGAACAUUGACAUUGGCUUUCACCGGUCUCAUCUUUGGGCUACUAUGCAAUUACAACUGAUCUCCUUUGCUUGGAUCAUCUUGCACUGCAUGGAUUACACUGGAUGUCAGCAGCACAGCACCUCCAGGCACCGGCAACAUAAACAGAUCUCUGGUGUGAGUUCAGGGUGCCAGCAGGGUGGCUGUCUAACCUGCUCUGACUAUAAUGGCUGCCUUUCCUGCAAGCCACGCUUCUUCAUGCAUUUGGAGAGGAUUGGGAUGAAGCAGAUCGGGGUGUGCAUGACUUCCUGUCCUCCAGGCUUUUACGGCACCCGCUCACCAGAAAGAAAUACUUGCACAAAGUGCAGGUCUGAGUGUGACUCCUGCUUCAACAAGAACUUCUGCACACGGUGCCGGAUAGGGUUCUAUCUUCACCUAGGCAAGUGCCAAGAGAGCUGCCCAGAGGGGCUGGUCCGCAGCGAUACGCAGAGGGAGUGUGUUCCCACAUGCCCUGCAGAGUGUGAGUUAUGUGUGAACCGGGAGACAUGUACAAGGUGCCAGCCGGGCCUGUAUCAGCUCAACGGGAGAUGCCAUCACAUCUGUCCCGAUGACUAUGAACCUAGUGACAAACUCAUGGAGUGUAUUCGGCAAGUGCACUGCGAAGUGGCAGAGUGGAGCGAGUGGAGUCCCUGCUCUCGGUCCGACAGAAACUGUGGCUUCAAACGGGGGCAGGAGACCCGCAAACGGCAGGUCUUGCAGCACUCAUCGCCUUUUGGCAAACCGUGUCCUGAGAUCUUAGAGAUCAAAGAGUGUCUGGUCAAGAGGAAACAAUGUCCAGGUCGGAAGCCAAAUGAUCGAAAAGGACGCAGGAAUCGUAACAACAACCGCAAAGAGAACCAAGAGGUCAGAAGGGACAGGAAACGGGAGCGCGAAAGGGCUCGAGACACGGGGGACCGCCAAGACAACAGUAACAAAACAGAGCACAGACAUCGGCGAGGUCAUGACCUUAACCCUUUCUCCCUUGCGGAGGGCCUUGUACAGUAGCUCUGGGGACACAUCACAUCUAAAACCUCCCAAAACCUUGUUCCUCUUCUUACCGUCAACCGCUCCUUGCCCCUCUCAACUCCUGGCUGUGGGAGUGUCGCUGCUACCUGUACGAUUUGAAUAAACUGUUAAUGCACAAGCGGGAUAGGGGCCUAAAGAUUGCAAAUGUUUAGAUUUUUCUGUGUAGCUACUCUUCUUUUACUUCUACCACUGACUCGUGUCUCAUUUGAAAAUGAAAAAGAGACACCGCUGAGACUGCUGCUGGUACGAACAAACAAAGAUGAGAUCGGUGUGGAGCAACAGUAGGCAGUCCGAAAGACAAUGACACUCACUACACUUAAAGCUUGUUGAUAUGGUUAUUUAAUGGGGCCCUGUUACAACGUUGCGCUCUUGGAUUUUGAAUGUAGAUUUUCCAACAUUAUUUAGGACAUUUUGUUUUGUUGUUCAGGAUUUUUAGAUCAAUCUACUUUAUUUUAUUUGGUGCAGAUUUUGUAAAGACAAAAAAAUUAAAAGUUGUUCUUCUUUGCCUUCUUGUGACCAUUUCCUAAUCACAGUUGAAAGGGAUGUCGUGGAACAGUCGCUGUUGAGUCAAAGGAAGGCAACAUGGGACAAAGUCCCAUGCUGUCAUGGAAAUAAAUCAAGUUCUAUUCA